AUGCUAUUUGAUGCCACAUUCGAGAACACAGCUCCGCUUGCCACAUAUCGCCUCAACCCAAAUGCACGCAUGGUUUACAACAAGCACAUUGGUACGCUGGCUAUAGCAGAUUCGAAGAUGCUGUGCUUGCGACGAGACUAUUCGGAUACAUUUCUUCUGAAAACAGCACUUAAACGACCAUCACCUAAAAUUGUUUCCGUGGAAAUGCCAUCCGAAGAGGUACACUUCAUUUCACUGCAAUAA